AUGGGCGUCAACGUCAAGGGCUUCAUGCUGCAACCGGUGGGGCCGGAGGCGCUCGGCUGGUUCAAGGAGCCGAUCGCCAGCAUGGACGAUUUCCGCAAGUACCGAUUCCGCACGCCGCCGGGCAUCCCCGGCCAGACCUACAAGGAUAUCGGCGUCGCCUCGGUCGCCAUGGGCGGCGGUGACAUCCUGCCGGCGCUCGAGAAAGGCACCAUCGACGCCGCCGAAUGGUGCUGCCCCAAGCCUGACAGCGUCUUCGGCUUCCAGAAGGUGCUGAAGCAUUACUACCUGCAAGGUCUGCACCAAGUGGUGGUGAACGCCGAUCUCUACAUCAACGGCGAUGUCUAUGACGGGCUGACCGACCUCGAGAAAAAGGCGCUGGAAGUGGCCGCCAAUGCCUCGCUGUCGAAAGCCAUGUCGUAUCGCAUCUACGAAAACGGCAAGGCGCUGAAGGAUCUGACCGAGAACCACGGCGUCAUCCUGCACGACAUCCAAAACAGCGGUGCGUCUGGAUUCGCCCGCAAAGUCUUCACGUAUGGCGCCCACUCAUUUCCGGCGAUUUCGGGCGCUGUGCGAGGCGGAGCCGACGGUGCCAGUUUUGAUCGAUCACUUUGGCUUCACGAAGGGCAUCGAGGACGAGGGGUUCGAGGAUCUGUUAGCCCUAGGGCGAGACUUGAGCAGAUACAUGUCAAGUGCUCGGCGCACUUUCGAGUGCGAGUGGCGACAGAGGACGGAUCGGAUUCCACCGAGCGACAGUUGAGGCGAUUGAUUGAGACGUUUGGGCGAGAGCGCAUCGUGUGGGGAUCGGAUUAUCCGUUCGUGACCAUGGAGGACGGCGGGUACGCUGGCGCUGUCGGAUUAUUGGAGUCUCAGCUCGCCGCCGAUCCUGAGUUGAUCGAUAUGAUCCGCGGAGAGAAUUUCAUGCGUCUGUUUCCAGGUGCGGUUGAGGCGUAG